CACCUUUAUUUCGUACCAAGGGCUUGAGAAUUAGAUUCGGUUCAAAUGGUUUUCAAAUUCUAGGUAAAGUACUUCGUCUGCGAACAUUAAAAUUGUUAAGCAACAAUAAAAGGGCCUCUCAGAUUGAUUUUUUUCACUAACACUAAUUUUUCUUAAUUUGUUUGUGACGUGCGCUGUAUGUAAAAAGUGACGACACUCCUUUCCGUGUGUUUUCAAACACCAAGCAAGUCUGCUGUGCUCCAGGGCGUUUCGCCCUUUGCCAGGUCUCUCUGUCCCCAUUCGCUCCCUCUGAGAGCCUCCAUUUCUCAAGGCAAUCCCUGUGACACAAACUUUUUACUUUACCAAGAUAUAAAAGAACCUUGCUUGUUUAUUUUAGGCGUCACUCUUCCCCAUGAUUGUCUCUCACGGUUGAGCGGCGCUGACCUGAUGACACCUGCUCACUGCGUUUUCUUUAAACUCAGCAUUUUCACGUAGCCAAGACAGGCGAUUCCCAGGCUGGAUGGGACCUUACUGUAACUGCACGACUCCGCACAAGUUGUUUUGAAAACCAAUCUGCAGACGUUUGCUUGUUCUCCAGACAGAAACUGACCCCACACUCACCCUUCCCACCCUAAUUCUCGCUCGAAGAUUGAAGAGCCUGUGAACUGUCUCCCUAACGCUAUCCCGGACAGGCCCAAGACGGGAACUGGAUCUUGCGCGCCUAGGACUCCGGCGCCGCCACGUCUGUCGGCGUGCGUGACGCCAGCGCGCUUGCGCGCACGGAGACCCGCCCCCUACAUCCGGGGCCUGGGCGGCAGCCGGGCCGCCGCGGGGAGGUCACGUGGCUCCUUCCUUUCCGUCUCUGGCCGGCUGGGCGCGGGCGACUGCUGGCGAGGCGCGUGGGACCUUACGCUGGUUCCCCUUCGUCUCCUCUCCCGGCCCGGGCCACUAGAGAGUUCGCUGACGCCGGGUGAGCUGAGCCUGCCGCCAAGAUGCCGGCCUAUUUUCAGAGGCCGGAAAAUGCCCUCAAACGCGCCAACGAAUUUCUUGAGGUUGGCAAAAAGCAGCCUGCUCUGGAUGUUCUUUAUGAUGUUAUGAAAAGUAAAAAACAUAGAACAUGGCAAAAGAUACACGAACCAAUUAUGUUGAAAUACUUGGAACUUUGCGUGGAUCUUCGCAAGAGCCACUUGGCAAAGGAGGGGUUAUACCAGUAUAAGAACAUUUGUCAACAGGUGAACAUAAAAUCUCUGGAGGAUGUUGUUAGGGCAUAUUUGAAAAUGGCAGAGGAAAAAACUGAAGCUGCUAAAGAAGAAUCUCAGCAGAUGGUCUUAGAUAUAGAGGAUCUAGAUAAUAUUCAAACUCCUGAGAGUGUUCUCCUAAGUGCUGUAAGUGGUGAAGACACUCAGGAUCGUACUGACAGAUUACUUUUAACUCCAUGGGUUAAAUUCCUGUGGGAGUCUUACAGGCAGUGUUUGGACCUUCUUAGAAACAAUUCUAGAGUAGAGCGCCUGUACCAUGAUAUUGCCCAGCAAGCUUUCAAAUUCUGCCUCCAAUACACGCGUAAGGCUGAAUUCCGUAAACUGUGUGACAAUUUGAGAAUGCACUUAUCGCAGAUUCAGCGCCACCAUAACCAAAGUACGGCAAUCAAUCUUAAUAAUCCAGAGAGCCAGUCCAUGCAUUUGGAAACCAGACUUGUUCAGCUGGACAGUGCUAUCAGCAUGGAAUUGUGGCAGGAAGCAUUCAAAGCUGUGGAAGAUAUUCACGGGCUGUUCUCCUUGUCUAAAAAACCACCUAAACCUCAGUUGAUGGCAAAUUACUAUAACAAAGUCUCAACUGUGUUUUGGAAAUCUGGAAAUGCUCUUUUUCAUGCAUCUACACUCCAUCGUCUUUACCAUCUCUCUAGAGAAAUGAGAAAGAAUCUCACACAAGAUGAGAUGCAAAGAAUGUCUACUAGAGUCCUUUUAGCCACUCUUUCCAUCCCUAUUACUCCUGAGCGUACGGAUAUUGCUCGACUUCUGGAUAUGGAUGGCAUUAUAGUUGAAAAACAGCGUCGCCUUGCAACACUACUAGGUCUUCAAGCCCCACCGACACGAAUUGGCCUUAUUAAUGAUAUGGUCAGAUUUAAUGUACUGCAAUAUGUUGUCCCAGAAGUGAAAGACCUUUACAAUUGGCUUGAAGUAGAAUUUAACCCAUUAAAACUCUGUGAGCGAGUCACAAAGGUUCUAAAUUGGGUUAGGGAACAACCUGAAAAGGAACCGGAAUUGCAGCAGUAUGUGCCACAACUGCAAAACAACACCAUCCUCCGCCUUCUGCAGCAGGUGUCACAGAUUUAUCAGAGCAUUGAGUUUUCUCGUUUGACUUCUUUGGUUCCUUUUGUUGAUGCUUUCCAACUGGAACGGGCCAUAGUAGAUGCAGCCAGGCAUUGCGACUUGCAGGUUCGUAUUGAUCACACUUCUCGGACCCUGAGUUUUGGAUCUGAUUUGAAUUAUGCUACUCGAGAAGAUGCUCCGAUUGGUCCUCAUUUGCAAAGCAUGCCUUCAGAGCAGAUAAGAAACCAGCUGACAGCCAUGUCCUCAGUACUUGCAAAAGCACUUGAAGUCAUUAAACCAGCUCAUAUACUGCAAGAGAAAGAAGAACAGCAUCAGUUGGCUGUCACUGCAUACCUUAAAAAUUCACGAAAAGAGCACCAGCGGAUCCUGGCUCGCCGCCAGACAAUUGAGGAGAGAAAAGAGCGCCUUGAGAGUCUGAAUAUUCAGCGUGAGAAAGAAGAAUUGGAACAGAGGGAAGCUGAACUCCAGAAAGUACGGAAGGCUGAGGAAGAGAGGCUGCGCCAGGAAGCAAAGGAGAGAGAGAAGGAGCGUAUCUUACAGGAACAUGAACAAAUCAAAAAGAAAACUGUCCGAGAGCGUUUGGAGCAGAUCAAGAAAACAGAACUGGGUGCCAAAGCAUUCAAAGAUAUUGAUAUUGAAGACCUUGAGGAAUUGGAUCCAGAUUUUAUCAUGGCUAAACAGGUUGAACAACUGGAGAAAGAAAAGAAAGAACUUCAAGAACGCCUAAAGAAUCAAGAAAAGAAGAUUGACUAUUUUGAAAGAGCCAAACGUUUGGAAGAAAUUCCUUUGAUAAAGAGCGCUUACGAGGAACAGAGAAUUAAAGACAUGGAUCUGUGGGAGCAACAAGAGGAAGAAAGAAUUACUACAAUGCAGCUAGAACGUGAAAAGGCUCUUGAACAUAAGAAUCGAAUGUCACGAAUGCUUGAAGACAGAGAUUUAUUCGUAAUGCGACUCAAAGCUGCACGGCAGUCUGUUUAUGAGGAAAAACUUAAACAGUUUGAAGAGCGAUUAGCAGAAGAAAGGCAUAAUCGAUUGGAAGAACGGAAAAGGCAACGUAAAGAAGAACGCAGGAUAACAUACUAUAGAGAAAAAGAAGAGGAGGAGCAGAGAAGGGCAGAAGAACAAAUGCUAAAAGAGCGGGAAGAGAGAGAGCGUGCCGAACGAGCAAAACGCGAGGAAGAGCUACGAGAGUAUCAGGAGCGGGUGAAGAAAUUAGAAGAAGUGGAAAGGAAAAAACGCCAAAGGGAGUUGGAAAUUGAAGAACGAGAACGGCGUAGAGAGGAAGAGAGAAGACUUGGCGAUAGUUCCCUUUCUAGAAAGGACUCUCGUUGGGGAGAUAGAGAUUCAGAAGGCACCUGGAGAAAAGGACCUGAAGCAGAUUCUGAGUGGAGAAGAGGCCCGCCAGAGAAGGAGUGGAGACGUGGAGAAGGGCGAGAUGAGGACAGGUCUCAUAGAAGAGAUGAAGAGCGGCCCCGGCGUCUGGGGGAUGAUGAAGAUAGAGAGUCCUCUCUUAGACCAGACGAUGAUCGGGUUCCCCGGCGUGGCAUGGAUGAUGACAGAGGCCCUAGACGUGGUCCUGAGGAAGAUAGGUUCUCUCGUCGUGGGGCAGACGAUGACCGGCCUUCCUGGCGUAACACAGAUGAUGACAGGCCUCCCAGACGAAUUGCCGAUGAAGACAGGGGAAACUGGCGUCAUGCGGAUGAUGACAGACCACCUAGACGAGGACUGGAUGAGGACAGAGGAAGCUGGCGAACAGCUGAUGAGGACAGAGGACCAAGACGUGGGAUGGAUGACGACCGGGGGCCGAGGCGAGGAGGCGCUGAUGAUGAGCGAUCAUCCUGGCGUAAUGCUGAUGAUGACCGGGGUCCCAGGCGAGGGUUGGAUGAUGAUCGGGGUCCCAGGCGAGGCAUGGAUGAUGACCGGGGUCCCAGGCGAGGCAUGGAUGAUGACCGGGGUCCCAGGCGAGGCAUGGAUGAUGACCGGGGUCCCAGGCGAGGCAUGGAUGAUGACCGGGGUCCCAGGCGAGGGUUGGAUGAUGAUCGAGGACCUUGGAGGAAUGCCGAUGAUGACAGAAUUCCCAGGCGUGGUGCAGAGGAUGACAGGGGCCCUUGGAGAAACAUGGAUGAUGAUCGCCUUUCAAGACGUGCUGAUGAUGAUCGGUUUCCCAGACGGGGUGAUGACUCAAGACCUGGUCCUUGGAGACCAUUAGUCAAGCCAGGUGGAUGGAGAGAGAAAGAAAAAGCCAGAGAGGAGAGCUGGGGUCCACCUCGAGAAUCAAGGCCAUCAGAAGAACGUGAAUGGGACAGAGAAAAAGAAAGGGACAGAGAUAAUCAAGAUCGGGAGGAGAAUGACAAGGACCCUGAGAGGGAAAGGGACAGAGAGAGAGAUGUGGAUCGAGAGGAUCGCUUCAGAAGACCUAGGGAUGAAGGUGGCUGGAGAAGAGGACCAGCUGAGGAAUCUUCAAGCUGGAGAGACUCAAGUCGCCGGGACGAUAGGGAUAGGGAUGACCGUCGCCGUGAGAGGGAUGACCGGCGUGAUCUAAGAGAAAGACGAGAUCUAAGAGACGACAGGGACCGAAGAGGACCUCCACUCAGAUCAGAACGUGAAGAAGUAAGUUCUUGGAGACGUGCUGAUGACAGGAAAGAUGACCGGGUGGAAGAGCGGGACCCUCCUCGUCGAGUUCCUCCCCCAGCUCUUUCAAGAGACCGAGACCGAGAAAGAGAAGGUGAAAAAGAGAAGGCCUCAUGGAGAGCUGAGAAAGAUAGGGAAUCUCUCCGUCGUACUAAAAAUGAGACUGAUGAAGAUGGAUGGACCACAGUACGACGUUAAGUCUCAAGAUAAUGGAUUUAAACUGGUGUCUUAAAUAGGUUUGAUCACAUUCAAGGAUUAUUAUACUUGUGCUUCAACCAAUCUAAAUUGGAUUCUUUAAUGUUGUUUCACCAUAACACAAAAAGCAUGAACUUGUAUUAAUCCUAUAUAAUAGAUUGAUCAUGCACCAUAUCCACAGGAGGUUGGAAAAACCAUGCCAUUUUCUGGAAUUUAAGGGUGUUGCAUUAUUUCAUCAAUCAUUUGUUGACAAAAAAGAAAAACUAAAAAAUAAAUUUAAAAUGUGAACCUUCAGGUAUUGAGUAACACCUUUAUCUUGGUAUAGAACUGAUACUUUUUUUUGAUUUUGAAAUAUCUGAUAAUUUGGAAUGAAGUAAGGUUCUGUUAAAGAAAAUAUAUUUGAAGACCCUUUAAAGCAGUGAAUCUGAAACAAUUUUCACACCCUUAAGUGGUUGAUACGUACCUAUUUUAGGUAUUUUGAGGUAUUUACCAUAAACUAAAUUUAGAAAUUUUUUAGAUUCACUUGAAGUAAACAUUACAAACAUUGGAUACGGUGGGGUUUUCUUUAGAUUUUACUUGAGAGAAGGUGAGUACAAAGCAAUUUGCAGUUGUUGUAAUGACAAGAUUACUGCGCAAGUGUGAAUCCAAACAGUAUAGCUUUUAAAUUUUAAAGCAUUUGGUAAACUAUCGCUGAGUUUUUUUCUGUUGCCAAUAGCAAACUGCUUUUCCAUUAAUGGAGAAUUCAUGCCUUUCAAGCAUUUUAAAUAUGACAAUAUUUAUAAAUGUAUGGUUUGGAGGAAUCGUUUAAAUUCUCUUUCCUAAUUUUCUUUCUUUUGAAGAUAGAUUCUUUCAACAAGUAAUUUGUAGUAAUGACUGUGUUGACUUCAAUUUUGGAGCGCAGUAGCUAUGUUAAAGAUGAACUAUUUGGUCUCAUUGAAGCCAACACAGAACUUGCUGCUGUGUUUUUUCUUCAGUGAUAAAUAAAAUACUUACAGAAUUUG